AUGAUGCAAGCUUUACGAGCUGGUAAACGUAAAUCGGUUGUGAAAAUUCUUUAUAUAUCAACACCAUCUGCAAAGUAUUUAUCACCAUUGGAUAAUCCACUUUGGCAUUCAUUUAAACAACAAAUUCGAAAUCUAUAUCUAUUAGUUGCAGCAGACAUACCUUUACUAUUACCGCAAACGUUUUAUUCGUUAUCAAGAAAAAAAAUUAGCAAUGCACAUCGAAAAUGUAGUAUUACAUAUGGAAGUGAUGAAUAUUACGACCGACUCUAA